AAUCAAGAAGUUCUACUUAGUGCAGAAUGUUUUAAAAAGAUUUUUAGCUGCUGCUCUUCUUCCGCUUUUUCUGAUUUUGGCUGUAUGUGGCUGUUGUUUACAUUUUGCAUUUUUAUGAAGAACGACCUAAGGUGCUUCUUCUACUGUCUUCUGAACAUACUGCUGAUUCUUCUAUGGACACAGAUUGAGGUGCGGAGUACAGUGCAGAUACAGUAAAGUGGAGAGAGGAAGAUGCCAGCCCCGCCUCCCCCACCACCCCCAGGACCUCCCCCUCCUCCCACAUUUGCUGUUGCCAACACAGAGAAGCCAAAUCUAAACCGUAAUGAGCAGCAGGGAAGAAACGCUCUGCUCUCCGACAUUAGUAAAGGCGCCAGAUUAAAGAAAACUGUUACUAAUGACCGCAGUCAACCCUUACUGGACAAACCCAAAGGGGGAUCUGGUGGAGGAGGAGGUGGCGGAGGAGGUGGUGGCGGCGGGGGUGGCGGAGGUGGAGGUGGCGGGGCUCCUGGUUUAGGAGGCCUGUUUGCAGGAGGGAUGCCAAAACUGAGGUCUUCAGCAAACAGAGAGUCCAAUGACUCAGGCCCCAGCCGAGGUCCCGUGCUCCCCCCAGGAGGCCGCUCUAGUGGGCCAAGCCCCUUUGGUGGCGGUGGAGGCCCACCUAAACUCCCAGGAGCCCCUGCUGGUGUCCGUAGCAGUGUCCCUGAUCUUCCCAAGGGCCGGCCAAAUCUCUCAUCCAGACAAGACACUCCAGGUGGCCCACCUCCUCCUAUACCCAACACACCUCGCCCAAACCAGUCUCGUGGAGGCCCACUGCCUUCACUCCCUGGAGGACCCAGGCCCAGCCCGGCUUCUGGACCUUCACCACCUUCACUCCCUGGAGGACCCAGGCCCAGCCCGGCUUCUGGACCUCCACCUCCUUCACUCCCUGCAGGACCCAGGCCCAGCCCGGCUUCUGGACCUCCACCUCCUUCACUCCCUGCAGGACCUAGGCCCAGCCCGGCUUCUGGACCUCCACCUCCUAGUGUUCCACCAGGGAGGCACGGACCUCUCCCUCCUCCACCAGGAGGCUCCUCAGCUGGGCCAAGAUCAGGAUUCUCUGGGCCUCCGCCUCCAGCCCCAAACAGCAGCCGGCCUUCCUUUACGACCUCUCCUGGAGGGAGGCCUCCACUUCCUGACGACCGACCUCCACCACCACCAGCUUCUAUGGGAGGUCAUCGGCCAUCUAUGCCCCGCGAUAUGCCGCCGCCUCCUCCUCCUUCUGUCAACUCCAAACCUCCUACCCCUGUAUCUUCAUCCUCGUCCUCUCGUUCCUCAAUUAGUGGGGGUGCGCCCCCUCUCCCGCCGGGACGACCGGGCCCUCCUCCUCUCCCACCCUCCCCGGCUGGAGGGGACGACCACAGCAACCCCCGUCUGCCCCAAAGGAACAGCUCACUCAACAGCCUUGCGCCAGCUCCACCACCCGGUCGGACAGGACCUCUCCCUCCUCCACCAAAUGAGAGACCACCUUCUCUUGGAAGGAGCCCGUCCUCAGCACGCACAGGGCCUCUUCCCCCCCCUCCUCCCUCAGGUCGUAGCAUGGGUGGGGGUAGUGUGAGGUCAUCGCCAGCUCCUUCUCCUAUUGGUCGGCCAGGUCCAGAGCCUCCACGCGGUGGACCUGGCGGUAGACCUCCCCUCCCUCCGGACAGGCCGGGGACAGGAGGGGCCCCUCCUCCACCACCCAUGGGUAACGGCUUCCAAAACUCUCACCACAACCAGAUGCAUGAUGAAUGGGAGUAUCGAUUCACUUUUCAUCCAGUGUCGGACCUUCCUCCACCUGAGCCCUACGUGCCCUUCCAAAAGACCUACCCCAGCAAGAUGGCCAAGACUGAUGGCAGAGGUUCUGGUAAAAAGGAGAGAGGAGCUCCUCCUCUUCCUCCUAUACCCAGGUGAAGAAGAUGUGGCAGCAAACACAACCCCUGGAACUACUUUUUCUGUUUCCCUUUGUGUGUGUCUCUCUCUCCGUUGCGCUCAUUGUGCUUUUACCUGCGUCAUGUAGUUCAUCAACGGACUGCAACAUGUUAAAUGGACCAGAAGUAUGGUUGACCAAGUAAAAGGACAGACUCAUAAUGUGGAUUUACAUCAUGUGCCUUUUGUAGCAGCAGAAUGGAUUCAGCAUUCAAAGACCAAAGCCUGUUUAUUCUCUGGUACACUGAGCUCAGAUAAUAAUAAAAACUAAAAAAACUUGCACCUCUUUAGGCACUAGAAAAAAAGGGUUAUUUUCAGGUUUACAACCAUCCUGUGGCUGGAAGAUUCUUUUUGGUUGGGCUUCGGUGACCCGGUUGCUGUGAGACAGAUUUCGCUUGAGAACAACAAUAUUUUCAUGAAGCUUGAUCCACAUUGACUUGAUUCCACUAAUUCACCUUUUCAUCUUUUGCUUACAGUGGUUGAUAGACUCCAGAAAUUGCUUGCUAGAUAUUAUGUUACCAACGAGCUACACUUUUAGAAAAGACAACACACUCUUACUUGACCUAUAAACCAGCAUUUAGCGUGCAGCACGUGACUUUCCCAGUCUGUUUACACACCAAAGACAGCAUUAGGUAAAGCUUAUUGCAAUAUUAUUGGAAUGGAGCCCCAUGGUUACAAUGCAGGGCAAGCUGUUUCUCUCCUUUCUCUACCAGUGUUUCCCUUGUGCCUUUUUCUAUUCAGGAUUGUAAUUUCAGGCUGCUUAUAAGAGGUAGGGGAAUUAGUCUUUUGUGCCUUAAAUUACGUUUGUUCAACUGGAUUGGAUCUCCUCUGCUGAUGUAAAUGUAAAAUCUGAAGCAAUACAGCAGCUCGAUUGCCACAUCAAUAAUAGACGGACAUGGAACUAAACUAAAAAUGGCCACAACCUCCUGCCACCGCUGCCUAAAAAUCAGGGGAAAUGCGGGUGUUUAAUUUGCCAAAGCCGCAUGUGCCUUCACAGUAUGUGUUUUUACAUCUGUGUGUUUCUGUUGGAACCACUGAACGGUACGAACGGUUUGAUUGUUGUGAAAUGUGAUGUGAGCAUGCAUUUAAUGUUUAUGGUUGAGAUGUUUUAAAGGACCUUGUAUGAUCUUAUGGCAGCAUUGGUUUACAAUAGAACUGAUUCUUAUUUUGCUGUUUUGUUAAAAGUUGUCUUGACUCACAAUGCCUGUGUAUGUAUCUGUAUGAUUUAAUCAAGUGGUAUUGAAGGACUGUAUUAUUUUAAGUUAUGUUUCAGAACUGUGCAGUAUUACAUGUUUUUGCUUCACACAGCAUUGCUUUGAAUGGUCUUGCAUACGUGAUACAUUAUUAUCAUGUCUUAGUCAAAGAAACAUUUUCUUAAAGACAAUCAUAUGGAAGUAAAUAUAUUUACAUCAAUAAAUAAAAUGCUUUAAGAUGCUUUAUGUGCUCUACCUGGGGUGAAAUGUGCUUUUAUUGGAAUAUGCUUUUUAAGUAAUUUAAUAUUCCUGCACGCUCAGUUGAACACAAACAAGGACAGUGAAAAAUACUGUCCACAUCCAGGUCAGGUGAUUUUAUUAUGUAUCAUCAGAUGAACAGUAUGCAUCAUUCCCAUGUUUGUGCAAUAAAGCUGGACAAUACAUAUAUUAUAA